UCUUUCGCACGUACCUGUAGUUGUUCAUUCACUCGCCUUUCCUCUCCCGCGCUCCUCUGGACUCUCUCCCCCGCCAUCACCACACUCUGCGACGAGAAUGGCUCAAGAUGCGGAGAGCAGCGGCGCGACCAUGCCGGUGCAUACCCUGGCCGACACAAUGAAUGCCCCCUCGGCCCGUCCGAACGUCGUCGUUCUUGACUGUACUUACCAGGAAGACAUCGAUGCUCUGAAGGAGAAGCCGCUCAAUGCCGCCGAGGAUCUCUGGCUAAGUACUGUGGAUGGGCGGUAUUCGUCUCCCCCCAUCCCAGUCCGAGUCGGCUCGCUUCACAACAUGCAAACGUUCCAUGUUCACAGGGACAUUCUUAUCAAGGCCCAGUGGUUUCGAAAGGCUCUGUGCGGCAGCUUCAGAGAGGCCGACGAGCAAGUUAUCGACUUGCCCGAGGAGGAUCCCGCGAUAUUCCAUUUCCUUGUCGCAUUCCUCUACGAAGACCGUUACCAUCCCAUCAUGCCUGCCGCCAAUGCCCUUGAACCCACGCUCGAUAAGGGGAAAGGGCUAGACAUUGAGCCAGAAACCCCAGAUGGGUCGGAUUCGGAAACUUCAUCUAGCUCGUCCAGUUCGUCUAACCAUUCAGCUAGCUUGGCAUGGCAACCGCCACGUAAUCGUCGAAAUCGAGGAGCCCUUGACGGCGGUGCCGAAUCGAGUCGGGAGAAGCAUCCUGGUAUGCACCGCCCUGGCUGCCAAUGUCCUCAGUGUGUCGUCAGACAGGACGCUUCAAGGUGCUGGCAAUGCGGUGCCCGGCGACUCCGGAGUAAUAACCAUCAUCCGCAACCACCCGGCAGGGGUUUACUGCCCCAUCAACAGAGGCCUGGUAUGACGGUCAACAAUAUGACUCAACCCUUGCCGGUAACCACUCUCGCCUCUCGAAUAAAGGGCGAAGACAUGCGAACCUGGCUCAUGGCGUAUGAGCUCAAUCUCGACGUCUACAUUUGCGCAAACCGCUACCUCAUGGACGGCUUCCGCAACGCGGUGAUGCGAUCCUGCAUCGACAUGCUGGAGACGGCCGGUACCGACGCAGCACAUCCGCAGGUGCUGCGUCUUUGCCAUAAGCUGUUCGUCGGCGUACCCGAGAAGGACCCGUUAUUGAAGAUGGUGCUCGCACGGGUGGGAUUCCUGCAGCCCAUGCUGUGGAAACGGGCGCCGGAGGAGACGACGCAGUUCUUGGUAGAGAACCCGGAGCUGGCGGCUUCCAUACUGCGGGAGACGGUGAUGAGGCAUGAGGCAACUUCGCUGAGGCCGGAUUUGCCUUCGAUGGAGAAUUCCUGAGGGCCAUUAUCACAUUUACACGAGGAGUAACGCGAGCGGACAUCAAAAGACUACGUGUGUCAGUGUUAGGGUCAUCGAGUAGGUCAGACUGCGCUUUGCGAUUGAGGGGCCAGGCUUUAGGUAUUUGGAACAAAGGGUUG